AUGCCAUCCACCCUUUGCAACAGAUGCAAAGUCCUAUACUUUAGCGCCGAGUCCCUAUCUCGAUACGGCUUCACAGAAGUGGAAACAGAAACCGGAAAACCCCACCUGCAAUUCCCAGCUGGGCAACAUUCCAUCCCUAUCGAAUUUGACUGUCGUGAUGACCUCCCCGAAUUACCGGCUCUUAGGGCGUCAGGCGAGGCAGGAUGCUUGUUCUGCCCAGCGCUCCGAAAUUCGCUGCUAAAGGGCAUUAGCGAAUGUCGUCUUCGCAGUUGGGUCUUGGGGAAUCAUGACCAUGGACAAUGGACAGUCAAGGUGGUCAAGGUUUCGCUGAUGGCGGAAUUCAGAGCCUCGGACGACGAGAGAAGUAAAUUCGCAGCAAUCAUGAUGGGAUGGGAUGUUCUUAGGCCAGGACAGGAUCGGUAUGAGGGCGAUUUUACUGGGCCCGAUGGUUUGAUUUAUUUCAAGCUACGUGCACACUAUGGUGACCCCCUUGCACGCUAUCUAGGCAUCGCAUAUCCCCAUCCUGAUCAAGAUAGGCUCUCCACUGAAAACACAAAGACGAUUCGUCACCACUUAAUUGAAUGCGACAAGAACCAUAAUCAUGCCUCCAACAUUGUCCGCCCUGGGGAUUCAAUAUCCGACAGGUUGCCUCUACGGCUUAUUGAGAUUACUGACAGCCAGGAAGGCAAGAAGCUGCGCUUGAUAGAGACAAAAGAAAUCAACGGUCAUGAAUCAACCUGUCAAGACGCCUCCAAAUGCCCGAAAUACGCCACACUCAGCUACCGCUGGGGCUCCGACGAGUUCCUUACCACAACCCCCAGCAACCUUCAAGCGCAUCACCGGGAUAUCCCACUAUCACCAUUCUCGGCAGAUGACCCCACGACGACCCUACCACCGGGUUUCAGAGACGUCGUCGACGUAUGCUGCGCGUUGGGAAUUCCGUAUCUGUGGAUCGAUAGUCUCUGCAUUGUCCAGAAAGAAACGAGAACCACAGACAAGCCUCUUCUUGAGAUCCAACAGGAGCAGUCCCGACGCGAUUGGGCCUCAGAGUCGACCAAAAUGCACAGCAUCUACAUGUCAUCAUACCUGACAAUUUACUUGACUGCCACAGAUACGCCUCUUCAGAAAGUCUUUGAUCGACCAGUAUGCAGCUCUGAGUCUCUGGUCCCCAUCACAUACUCCAUCGAAAAUCGCCCUGAAGUCCACGGUUCAUACUUCAUCGAGCCCUCGCCUUACACAGGCGAACUGGAUCACCUUUUCUGGAAUCCAUACCUAGCCGCUGAGGAUGAGCUAGACUCAUCAGUAUGGAACACCCGCGGUUGGACCCUACAGGAACGACUCCUAUCCCCACGAAAGCUCUACCUUGGGGUAACCGAUAUGCUCGGCCUAGGCUUAUUGACCUGCCCCUCACCAAAAGAUUACGGGCGCGAUGUCGAGCUAAUCAAACGGCCCCGACGUCACAAGUCACUGGACAAACUGGAGAUCGGAGGAACGUCAUCUGCGACCGGGGAACAAGCUCCCGAUAACACAAAACUAUAUCGCGCUUGGUAUAAAAUCGUGGAAGACUAUACCUGUCGUGAUCUGACGGUCCCAAGCGACAAGUUACCUGCUGUUGCCGGCAUCGCACGCACACACGCCUUAGCCCUGAAUGACGAAUACCUCGUUGGAAUAUGGGUUCAUGAUUUGGCCACGGGACUUCUUUGGGGCACCCGUAAUGCAAUGAGACCUGGCAUGGAUCGAUACUUUGGAGAACGAGAACGACAGCCCAUGAUCCCGACAGAACAUUAUCGGGCGCCGACUUGGUCAUGGUGUGCCAACGAUGGGGCGGUUGAAUUUCUUGUACGUCAUCUCCAUAAUCCGAAAUCGGAGAUCGAGGUUCUCGGUCACGAUGUGAUCCCGCAGUACAUGGGAGACAGCUAUGGACAACUGGCAGUCGACCAAGGAGAUCGGGGAUAUGUGAAGCUCAGGGCGAAGAUUAGAGUAGCCCGGAUGGAAGCCAGGUUCCAGCCGAUACCAGACAUCAUGCUGCGGAACUUCCCUGCACUGGCAAACCGAGGUCCCGAGGCUGAGAAUAAGGAAUUUCAGUUACGAUAUGUCCAUGUGACUGACGAUGCUGGAGAACGCGGGAGUGAGACUAUAUUUCCGGAUCAUGCUGGAUGCUAUCCUAACGAAGAAGAAGUCUACUUGAUGAUUGUAUCCAGGGGUGAUCAGCGGGUGUGGUCGGAGCCUGUAUCUUACAGGCACCUACUUGCUCAAUCAUUACCUAGGAGAAACCUAUACCUUAUGCCCUUUGUUGGUGAGCCAUACAUGACCGAAGCUUUGACUAGUAUACAUAAUCCCCAGCUCGCAUAA